GAGGGGGCGUCCUCCGCAGUUCGCUCCUCGCCGGGGCUCAGACACACAGCCAGCCCGGAGCCGCCGCGCCGGCCCGGCCGCCGCCGUCACCGCCUCCGCCGCCUCCGAAGCCGCCCGAGCCGCGGGAAGCGCCGCCGCCGCCGCCGCGGGCCGCCCCCGCCUCACCGGCCUCGGCUCGGGCUGCCAGCGCCGCCGCAGCCGCCACCGGAGCCGGAGCGGGAGCCCGACCGCGCUGGGCUGGGCUGGGCUGGGCUGGGGCGGGCGCAGGGCGCAGGGGCGGGCGCGCGGGAGAAGACGCACGGGCGGGCUCGGCUCUCCCGGGGAGCGGCCCGGGACUGCACCCGGACCGGCGCCUCCCCGCUCCGCGCUGCCCUCGGCCUCGCCCCGGGCCCGGGCGGAUGAGCCGCGCGCCCGGGGGACAUGGAAGCGCUGACGCUGUGGCUUCUCCCCUGGAUAUGCCAGUGCGUGUCGGUGCGGGCCGACUCCAUCAUCCACAUCGGUGCCAUCUUCGAGGAGAACGCGGCCAAGGACGACAGGGUGUUCCAGCUCGCCGUAUCCGACCUGAGCCUCAACGAUGACAUCCUGCAGAGCGAGAAGAUCACCUACUCCAUCAAGGUCAUCGAGGCCAACAACCCGUUCCAGGCGGUGCAGGAAGCCUGUGACCUCAUGACCCAAGGGAUUCUGGCCUUGGUCACGUCCACCGGCUGUGCGUCUGCCAACGCCCUGCAGUCCCUCACAGAUGCAAUGCACAUCCCACACCUCUUUGUCCAGCGCAACCCUGGAGGGUCUCCGCGCACUGCCUGCCACCUGAACCCCAGCCCCGACGGGGAGGCCUACACGCUGGCCUCCAGACCGCCUGUGCGCCUCAACGACGUCAUGCUCAGGCUGGUGACAGAGCUGCGCUGGCAGAAGUUUGUCAUGUUCUAUGACAGCGAGUAUGAUAUCCGUGGGCUCCAAAGCUUUCUGGAUCAGGCCUCGCGGCUGGGCCUUGAUGUCUCUUUACAAAAGGUGGACAAGAACAUUAGCCACGUGUUCACCAGCCUCUUCACCACCAUGAAGACAGAGGAGCUGAACCGCUACCGAGACACGCUCCGCCGCGCCAUCCUCCUGCUCAGCCCGCAGGGGGCCCACUCCUUCAUCAAUGAGGCUGUGGAGACCAACCUGGCUUCCAAGGACAGCCACUGGGUCUUUGUGAAUGAGGAAAUCAGCGACCCGGAGAUCCUGGAUCUGGUGCACAGCGCCCUUGGCCGGAUGACUGUGGUCCGGCAGAUUUUCCCAUCUGCAAAGGACAACCAGAAAUGCAUGAGGAACAACCACCGCAUCUCCUCCCUGCUCUGUGACCCCCAGGAAGGCUACCUCCAGAUGCUGCAGAUCUCCAACCUCUACCUGUAUGAUAGUGUCCUGAUGUUGGCCAAUGCCUUCCACCGGAAGCUGGAGGACCGGAAGUGGCACAGCAUGGCAAGCCUGAAUUGUAUACGCAAGUCCACUAAGCCAUGGAAUGGAGGGAGGUCCAUGCUGGACACAAUAAAAAAGGGCCACAUCACUGGUCUCACAGGGGUGAUGGAGUUUCGGGAGGACAGUUCGAAUCCCUACGUCCAGUUUGAAAUCCUCGGCACAACCUACAGUGAGACCUUUGGCAAAGACAUGCGUAAGCUGGCGACGUGGGACUCAGAGAAGGGCCUGAAUGGCAGCCUGCAAGAGAGGCCCAUGGGCAGCCGCCUCCAAGGACUGACUCUCAAAGUGGUGACUGUCUUGGAAGAGCCUUUCGUGAUGGUGGCUGAGAACAUCCUUGGACAGCCCAAGCGCUACAAAGGGUUCUCUAUAGAUGUCCUGGAUGCACUGGCCAAGGCUCUGGGCUUCAAAUAUGAGAUUUACCAGGCCCCCGAUGGCAGGUAUGGUCACCAGCUCCAUAACACCUCCUGGAACGGGAUGAUCGGGGAGCUCAUCAGCAAGAGGGCAGACCUGGCCAUCUCCGCCAUCACGAUCACCCCGGAGAGGGAGAGCGUUGUGGACUUCAGCAAGCGGUACAUGGACUAUUCGGUGGGGAUCCUAAUCAAGAAGCCAGAGGAGAAAAUAAGCAUCUUCUCUCUUUUUGCUCCGUUUGAUUUUGCCGUGUGGGCCUGCAUUGCGGCCGCCAUCCCUGUGGUGGGCGUGCUGAUAUUUGUGUUGAACCGGAUCCAGGCCGUGAGGGCUCAGAGUGUUGCCCAGCCCCGACCGUCCGCUUCGGCCACCUUGCACAGUGCCAUCUGGAUUGUCUACGGAGCCUUUGUACAGCAAGGUGGCGAAUCCUCAGUGAACUCCAUGGCCAUGCGCAUCGUGAUGGGGAGCUGGUGGCUCUUCACCCUCAUUGUGUGUUCCUCCUACACGGCGAAUCUUGCGGCAUUCCUCACAGUGUCCAGGAUGGACAACCCCAUAAGGACAUUCCAGGACCUCUCCAAACAAGUUGAUAUAUCUUACGGCACUGUCCGGGACUCUGCUGUGUAUGAGUACUUCCGAGCCAAGGGCACCAACCCCCUGGAACAAGACAGCACAUUUGCUGAGCUCUGGCGGACCAUCAGCAAGAAUGGAGGGGCCGACAACUGUGUGUCCAGCCCUUCGGAAGGCAUCAGGAAGGCCAAGAAGGGGAACUACGCCUUCCUGUGGGAUGUGGCAGUGGUGGAGUACGCGGCUCUAACGGAUGAUGACUGCUCUGUGACGGUCAUUGGCAACAGCGUCAGCAGCAAGGGCUAUGGCAUCGCCCUGCAGCAUGGCAGCCCCUACAGGGACCUCUUCUCCCAGAGGAUCCUGGAGCUGCAGGACACCGGGGACCUCGACGUGCUCAAGCAGAAGUGGUGGCCUCACCUGGGCCGCUGCGACCUCACCAGCCCUCCCAGUGCCCAGGCCGACGGCAAAGCCCUCAAGCUGCACAGCUUCGCGGGGGUCUUCUGCAUCCUGGCUAUCGGCCUCCUCCUCGCCUGCCUGGUGGCUGCCCUGGAGUUGUGGUGGAACAGCAACCGGUGCCACCAGGAGACCCCCAAAGAGGACAAAGAAGUGAAUUUGGAGCAGGUUCACCGGCGCAUGAACAGCCUCAUGGAUGAAGACAUUGCCCACAAGCAGAUUUCCCCAGCGUCCAUUGAGCUUUCCGCCCUGGAGAUGGGGGGCCUGGCUCCAAGCCAGGCCUUGGAGCCCACGCGAGAGUACCAGAACACGCAGCUUUCUGUCAGCACUUUUUUACCCGAGCAAAGCAGCCACGGCACCAGCCGGACACUGUCGUCAGGGCCGGGCAGCAGCCUGCCGCUGGCCCUGAGCAGCUCCGCCACCAUGCCGUCCAUGCAGUGCAAACACAGGUCGCCCAAUGGGGGGCUGUUCCGCCAGAGCCCAGUCAAGACCCCCAUCCCCAUGUCCUUCCAGCCUGUGCCGGGAGGCGUCCUUCCAGAGGCCUUGGACACCUCCCACGGCACCUCCAUCUGACCGCGCCGCCCGCCCCGCCGACCGUCCAUCCACCCACCCGACCAGCAGAGCUUUUUAAUACAGGAAAACCACAACACAAACCACACACACACACGCACACACACAUACACACACACACACACACACAGAGACUCUUUCAUUUUUCUUGUACAUACGUGUAAAUAAUGACAGAAUGGAGUGGGGUAAAAGUGUAUUUUGAAUAUUCCCAAUUUUCGAAGUCAGUAAAAAAAAAAAAAACCACAAAAACUGUAUGAAUGACUUUGUAAAUUUUGUUCUAUAUGAAUAAAAAGGCAAAUUACUUGUGAUCA